AUAUUACCCGCAACCAAAACUCAAACCAAACCUCAGGGAAGGACAGGAGCCACAACCAAACGCUCACCUUCUCAUCUUCUUCCAAUCAUCAAUCUCUCUCCUCCUUCUCUCUCUCUCUCUCUCUCUACAUUAGAAUCUUUUUCAUUCAAUUCUCCUUCACGCCGCAACAAUGGAGGCCACCAAGCCAUUGGACCAGCCCGGCGAAUUCGUCUUCCGGUCGAAGCUCCCGGACAUCCACAUCCCCGACCACCUCCCACUGCACGCCUACUGCUUUGAGCACAUCUCUGAGUUCGCAGACCGCCCCUGCGUCAUCGACGGGGCCACCGGCAGGACCUACACCUACGCCGAGGUCGAGCUGACGUCCCGCCGGGUUGCGGCGGGCCUCGACGGGCUCGGCGUCGGCCAGGGCGAUGUGAUCAUGCUGCUCCUCCAGAACUCCCCCGAGUUCGUCUUCACGUUCCUUGGCGCGUCCUACCGCGGUGCCGUCAGCACGACCGCGAACCCGUUCUACACCCCUGCCGAGAUCGCCAAGCAGGCCUCGGCUUCCCGGGCCAAGGUCGUGGUCACGCAGGCCGCGUACGCCGAGAAGGCGAGGCAGUUCGCGGAGGAAAAUGGGGUCAAGAUCGUGUGCAUCGAUACCGCGCCAGAGGGUUGCCUGCACUUCUCGGAAUUGAUUCAGGCGGACGAGAACGCGGCACCCGCAGUGGAUGUGAAACCCGACGACAUCCUGGCGCUUCCCUAUUCGUCGGGCACGACGGGGCUCCCAAAGGGGGUGAUGCUCACGCACAGGGGUCAAGUGACGAGCGUGGCGCAGCAAGUUGACGGCGACAACCCAAACUUAUACUUCCACAAGGAGGACGUGAUCCUGUGCGUGCUCCCCUUGUUCCACAUAUACUCCCUCAACUCGGUGAUGUUCUGCGCGCUCCGCGUCGGCGCGGCGAUCCUGAUCAUGCAGAAGUUCGAGAUCAUGGUGCUGAUGGAGCUCGUGCAGCGGUACCGGGUGACCAUCAUGCCCAUCGUCCCGCCGAUCGUGCUGGAGAUCGCCAAGAGCCCCGAAGUGGACCGGUAUGACCUGUCGUCGAUCAGGACGGUCAUGUCAGGCGCGGCCCCGAUGGGGAAGGAGCUCGAGGACAAGGUGCGAGCCAAGCUGCCGAACGCCAAGCUCGGACAGGGCUAUGGGAUGACGGAGGCGGGCCCCGUGCUGGCGAUGUGCUUGGCCUUCGCAAAGGAGCCGUUCGAGAUCAAGUCAGGCGCGUGCGGAACCGUCGUGAGGAACGCCCAGAUGAAGAUCGUCGACCCGGAGACCGGCGCCUCGCUCCUGCGGAACCAGCCCGGCGAGAUCUGCAUCAGGGGUCACCAGAUCAUGAAAGGUUAUCUGAACGACCCCGAGGCGACCGCGAGAACCAUAGACAAAGAAGGGUGGCUGCACACCGGCGACAUUGGCUACAUCGACGACGACGACGAGCUGUUCAUCGUCGACCGGUUGAAGGAGCUCAUCAAGUACAAGGGCUUCCAAGUCGCUCCGGCUGAGCUAGAGGCGAUGCUGAUCGCACACCCAAAUAUUUCGGAUGCCGCUGUUGUACCGAUGAAGGAUGAGGCUGCCGGUGAGGUUCCUGUUGCAUUCGUGGUGAAAUUAAACGGUUCCAUAAUCACCGAAGACGAGAUCAAGCAAUACAUCUCAAAGCAGGUCGUGUUUUACAAGAAAAUCAAGCGGGUUUUCUUCACGGACGCAAUUCCGAAAGCCCCCUCGGGCAAGAUCUUGAGGAAGGACCUAAGAGCAAAGUUGGCCUCCGGUGUUCUUGCUUAAAGAGGCCCAUGCAGGCAAAGUGAAUGAAACCUCCUAGGAGGGGCCAAAAAUGGAGGGGGCAAAGACAUUUGGAAAUGAUUUGAUCUUUCAUGCUAUUGUAAUGUAUUUGUUCGUUCAAGUCCGACUUAGACAAGUGAUUAAGGCUUGUUUUUUCGGGUUUUUUUUUUAAUGUAUAUUAAUUGCGAACAUCACAAUAUAGUGUACCACGUACUUUGAGCUUGAUGAAAUGACAAGACUGGAAGAACUUCGAAAA